UAAAAAGUUCCAAAAUUAAUAAUACUAUAUUAACUUCGAAGUAGUGAGAAGGAAAUAGCAAUAACAAGAAAAUAAUUAAGAAGUAGGAAAAAAAAAUUCAAAUUACUAUGCAUUUCACUUUAUUUUUUCAUUGACAUUUGGUGUGUGAGGAGGUUUUCUAUUGGAGAAUUAUAAGCAAAAUUUCGUGUAAAACGUAAAUAAAUUUUGGUUUAAUUAACGAAAAAAUUACACAAAUUAAUACGAAAAUAUUCAAAAGUAAUUUUAAAUAUUUAUAAUACAUGUAUUAUAAAAUCAAAGUGCAAUAUUCUAACACAAGAAGAAAGUCGUAAAAAACGGGCUUGUAAAAACGGGAAACGUCAUCGCUGUGUCAUCGCAAUUUCCAUUUCCUAACUAAAAUUUCCAAUUCAAAUUAUUUAAAUAGAUAUUUAAAAAAAAAAACAAAAUUAAAAGUUAAUAAAUAAUUAUUGUAAAAAAAUUCAAAGUGAUAAAUUAUAGAAGUUUAAUUAUAAAUAUUUGGAGAAAAACGACAACACCUACUUUUGCCGUCAUCUAACAAUUGCAGUAACAUCAAUAAAUAUUGUAACAAAUACACUGCUACGUCUUCGCUCCCCUCAUCAAUUACAGUUACAGUUACAGUUGGUGUUGCUGUUGCUGUUGUUGUGUUUUGUGUCUUGUGUCUUGUGCUAUCCACAAACCCACACGAAAGUUGUAAGCUUUUACCGACCGAUCAACAAACAAUUCGACUUAUUAUUGCACACGCUCAGAUACAAAUUCUAGUAAAAGUUGAGUAAAGUACAUCAUUAUUGCCGAAAAACCUAAGGAUCCCAUGCGACUUGCUUUGGAGCACUAAAACAGCAAAUCAACAAUUAAAGAAUUAAAAAUCUUUGCAAAAAACAAACGAAAAGUUUUUAACUAAAAGCCUAAAGACAAAUUAAAAAUGAGAAAACAAAAGGACGAUAUGCAAGUUAAUGUUGCCGGUUUACGCAGAAAUAUCAAAAAUCUCGCGCAUAACUAUUCUGAUGCCCAAGUAAAGGUACGCGAAGCUACUUCAAACGAUCCAUGGGGUCCUUCAGCGACAAUAAUGGCUGAAAUAGCCGAUUUAACAUAUAAUGUGGUAGCUUUCUCUGAGAUUAUGCAAAUGAUUUGGAAACGUUUGAAUGAUCACGGAAAAAAUUGGCGUCAUGUUUAUAAGGCACUUAUACUAUUGGAAUACUUGAUCAAAACUGGUACUGAGAAAGUAGCACAACAAUGCAAAGAAAAUAUAUUUGCUAUACAAACUUUGCGUGAGUUCACAUAUUUCGAGGAGGGUAAGGAUCAAGGCACGCAUGUGCGGGAAAAAGCUAAGCAAUUAGUCAAUUUGCUGAAGGAUGAUGAACGUUUGAAAAAUGAACGAGUUAAAGCAUUGAAAGCAAAAGAACGUUUUGCACAACAUCCUAGUGGUUUCGGUAGUGACGGAUAUAUAGAUGGCCCGUUACAACGGGAUUUACCACCUGGUUGGCAAGAGGAACCAACGAAACCAGUGUCAGAGUUGGAAAUGGUACGACCACAAACAGCAGGUGAAGAGGAAUUACAAUUGCAAUUGGCUAUGGCUAUGUCACGCGAAGAAGCCGAACAGGAGGAAGCCAAACGUCGUAGCGAUGAUGUGCGUUUGCAGUUAGCAUUAAGUCAAAGUGAACAGGACUUUAAAGACCAAACUGUUAAGCCUAUAAAAGAAGAGCCACAAAGUCAUUUGCUUGAUUUAUUAGAUAUAUCCUUAGGAGCGGCUAGUAUAUCAAGUCCACCGCUAGUAGGUGCAGGUAUCGCUAGCAGUGAUCCUUGGGGUACACCAGCAAGAGCUGCAAGUCAGCUAUCUGACCCAUGGUCUGGUACAUCAUCACCACCAAUUGAUCCUUGGCAACCAGCGGGCAUGCGAUCUAAUACUGCACCACUUGGUGCUGUUGGUGGUGGUAAUGUAAUGGGUAUGAAUGGCGAUGCUUGGGCAUUGCGUACGCAAUCACCAUCAGUGGCGUCAGGAUCAUCAACAGAAGGUUGGCUUCAUAGUAACGGUGCUGGCCUCAACGGUAAUGCUAAUGUACUGGGUGCAACAGCUAUGCCAACUGAAUCUUGGAUUUCAAAAACAACUGUUGCAACUGUUGCAGCUGUACCACCGAACCCAUCUUCGGAUCCGUGGUUAUCUGAUGGUGUUAGACCCGGUGCUGCUGCUCCAGCUUCAGCUAAAAAUUUAACUUUAGCCGAUCCUUGGGCACCGAAAGCAAAUGUUGAAGAUCCCUGGAAAAAUAUGGAUAACCCUAUUGUAAAGAAACCUUCGCCAGACAUGGAUGAAUUCGAUAUAAUAACUAACCGCAAUAAGACUGGAGAUAUAUUGACUAAUAAUUCAAUUAGUGGCCCUAAUAAUAACAAUUCUUCUCUUUUAGAUGAAAUGGAUCCUUUGUCGACAAGAAAUACAGCUUCAUCAUUGUCCUUAACGAAUUCUAAAAAACCGCUUAAAAAUCCCCAAGCAUUUUUGGGAGAAAACUCCGCUUUAGUUAAUUUGGAUAAUUUAAUAAAACCAGUAGCACCACAAGGACAAACGGGCAAUAUGGCUUAUAAUCCAUUCAGUGAUACGGUUUUACCACCCAAAACAAAUCUAUUCCAACAACAGCAACCAGCAGUGCCGUCCAUUAAUCAACUAAAACAACAACAGCCUUUCACGAUGACGGUUAAUCAAGAUCCAUGGGCACCUGUUGCCAAUUCAAAUGCAAACUCCCAACCAUAUUCGCAACAAGUACCUAAUGUUAACGUCGCGGAAGGGAAUAUUGAUCGCUCUACUGUUGCAAAUUCAAAUACUUUAAUCAAUACAAAUGCUAACUACAACUUGAAUAGUUCAAAUCGCAGUAUGCCCUACUCAAGAAGUGAUUAUGAUGUUUUCAAUACAGCGCAUAAUCGAAACGAAUACCACAAUUAUAAUAUGAAUAAUAAUUACAACAAUAAUUACGCAAAUAGUAAUCAAAAUUUUAGUCACAGUGUUGAUAAUAUAAGAAACAUGCAAGUUACUUCAAAUGACGAAAUAUAUGCAACGCCCUUAGGCUUCACUACAAUAGCCCAAAAGCAAUAUCAAUACAAUAAUCAGCCCUUUGGCGCUGUAGGAAAUAUCUAUGCAUAUAAUGAAAAUGCAAAUUCUCCGGGUGCAGAAUCAAACUUUGCAGCCAGUUAUAGUAGUGCAUUAUCUGCGUCACUGGCUGAGACGCCUGGUGUCAAAAUUUCUCCGUUUACUGUAGCUACUAACAAUGCUUUUAAUAUUGCAACAAGUGCAACAGUUGAAGCAAAUAAUUUACUGAAUAUUGGCUUUUGUGAUCAGAGCAUAUCUUGCAAUUCAUCAACAGCAAAAUCGAAUGUGGAUAAUAACAACAUGCCUUGGAUCAAGCCAGAAGCAGCAGCAUCAAAUCCAUUUUUAUCAUAAAUUAUAUAUUUUAUAGUAUUUUUAUUUCUUGGAUCGGGGGUCAACAAAAUAACAAAACUAAAA